CCAGCCUCCAUUCCUUCAACAACACUCAGCAUUCAAAUCAUUAGAGAUGACACUCGAAGCAUUAGCUGCCUUUGGAUCCAAGCUUCUAAACCCAUGCAGAAAAUUCCUUCUAGUCUUCAAAUUUAGAAUCAGAAAACCAGUCUUUAUAAGAGCCCUUCGAGCUCGUCCUCGCCGUACCAAAGCAGAGAAAAGUCCACCAAAGAAUCGAAUAACUGCAUUACUAACAGGCUACCGCCCAAUUAGGAAGUCAAAAGAGAUGGAAAGAGUAAGGGAGCUUUCAAAUGGACAUAGUGGAGGGCGGGAAGGACAGCUCUUUCCAUCACCUAUCACCCCGGCUUAUGUGAAGGCUACAAGGGCUGGCAAAAGGGAAGCUUCAGGUGAUGAAGAUGUGGAAGAUGCAUGCAGGAGUUUUGAGAACUACUUGGUGGAGAUGAUUGCAGAAGAAGGGAAAGUAAGGGACUUGAUGGAUGUGGAGGAGCUUCUUCAAUGCUGGAAGAGUCUAAAGAGUCCUGUCUUCAUUGACUUGGUUUGCAGAUUCUAUGGAGAACUAUGCAAGGACUUGUUUUCCACCAAGGAUGAAAAAAGUGAUAGCCCUUAAGGAUUCAGUAAUUACACCGUUUUCUCUUCUUUUCCCGCUUCUCAUCAGAACCUGUUUAUUUUAUCCUCCCUCUCACUCUGUUUCUUGAGUUACGUUUUUUGUGAAAAGAUGAUACAGUUCCGA